GUUACGACACAGCGGCAAGGUCCUGCAUUACUUUGACUGCUCCCGCGGGGAAAGGCCGUGGCUGUUCUUAGAUCGCCUGCGAUGAAUUCUCAGAGCGGCUGGUGCACCUCUCUUGAGGGCCGUAAAGGAAGUUCGGUCCCCGGCUACUACGUUCUAUGGCCAUCCAUCCAAGUCGGCAAUGGUUUCGGAGGUGUAGAUACCUACGGGACCGUGGGUGCCUGCCUCGCCAUCGUAUAUAGGCCAUACAACUCCACCAGUCCAAGACAGCUGCGUCUCCGAUACACCAGCGCCGCCCCCCUAGCUUCCUCCUCCAGUGUCGCUGCCCGUACACUAGCAAUACUCACUGCGUCGUCGUCGUCAGCACAGAUCUGCCCCCUGACACACCAUGUAUUACGCACCAGCACAGGACACCCAACGGCCGACGCAUCCCCGCCUCCACGUCAGGGACGCGAAGGAUGCGCACACCGUGUUCGAGGCCGUCCGGUUAGGGAUGUUAAAGCCCGUCGUCCGCCGCUUGAACGAACUCGAACGGGCGACGUACAUCCAGUCUGGGGCGAUCUUCGUCUGGGAAGAGAGCGAUGAUGAAAUGGGCCUCAAACGGUGGACCGACAAUCGAGCGUGGUCCCAGAGUCGGAUGAGAGAGCCCUACUUGUUCUAUGACGAAAAGAUCUCGACCGACGAGCCUCAGCCGCCAGCAGACCAAAAUGUCAAGUCGUACCGCUUUGUCGAUGGCCCCUCGAGGACAUGGUCUUCGUCCGCGCAGUCACAUUACGAACGCAGCGAAAAGCAGCCCCUCGGGCUGGUGAAGCAGGCGUACUCGGCCUGGGUCAUCGACUCUGUGAAUGCGAAACCUAGGAAGUGGCACUUGACUGCGUACUUCACCUACUCCGACCUGCCGAGCAUCCCCACUCCCGACCAGGACCAAUCGUUGCGAACGAUAUCGGUUCCACCAGGCAUCUACAGGAGCGGCAAGGCGCGGUCGCGCACUUCUGACGCUACGUCAUCGACGGGGUCAUCGCCGCCGCGCGCCAUAUCUCCCGUAUCAAGCUCGCCCACUCGAACGCGUACAGACAGCAUUGUCUUGCCUUCGUUGCAUUCCGCCAUCCAGCCAUCGCAGAUGAACGGACAUGGGCAACAUCGACAACAUAGCGCACGACUUGCUGAGGAUCAGAGGAUGAUACAGAUGUUGAAUUCCAGGCCCAUUUUGUAG